UUCACAGAGCUUGCAAAAUUUUACUCCAAUUUCUAGAAGCCCAAAAAUCCUUUGGCGCCAAUUCACCUCUCUUUCUUUCUUUCUUUCCCUCUUCCCUUCUCCCCCUUCCUUCCCAAAAAUCGGAAAUGCAGCGGCAGAAAUCUAUACUCUCCUUCCUCAAGAGACCUUCAUCGGAGGACCAAAGCUCCGGCAAUAACAAACACAAAUUUCCAAAUCAAAAUGCAGUCCCUGUUACCAAAAGUAUUCCGGACAUUUUGGGAACUGAAACUCCUCCUGAGAAGUUGCCACGUCAGGUUCUCCCCUUCAACAGCGGCCAUGAUGGAAAUAAGUCUUCUGCUUUCUCUUCUAUUAGGCACAAGUUUAUCAGAGAAAAACCACGCAUUCAUCGGGAUCUAGCAAAGACUGAUUCUUUUGGGAUCCCCUCUCUUUGUACAGAAAAUGAAGGAUCAGAAACACUGGGGAAUCCUUCUGUUUCCUUGCAGUCAGGCUCUAAUAGAAGUUCUGUUAGUUCUAAUGGAAAUAGUAAUCAAGAGGGUAAAGGAUCAGUAUCUCUUAUACAAGGUGAUGAUCAUGGUUUUGGGCCGGAAACACCAAGUAUGCAACCUUUUGUACCUGGGUUAAAAAGAGUCCAAGAUGACAUGCGUACCUCAGGGGAUAGGAGUGGUUGCUCUUCAUUGGACGCAAGCAAGAGGAUUAAGAGUCUUGAGGGUUUGAAUAUUGGAAGGAAGAACCUCGAAGCAGAGUUUGAAAUGACUAGCAAGUUUGAGUGGCUUCAUCCAUCUCAAAUCAAGGAUGCGAAUGGUAGAAUGCCAGGGGACCCACUCUAUGACAAGCGAACACUGUUUAUUCCUCCUGAUGCGUUGAGAAAAAUGUCUGCUUCUCAGAAGCAGUAUUGGGAUGUCAAAUGCAAAUACAUGGACAUUCUGCUUUUCUUUAAAGUGGGAAAAUUUUAUGAGCUGUAUGAGCUAGAUGCUGAAAUUGGUCACAAGGAGCUCGAUUGGAAAAUGACACAAAGUGGCGUGGGAAAAUGUAGACAGGUUGGCAUAUCUGAAAGUGGGAUAGAUGAAGCUGUCCAGAAGCUCCUAGCGCGAGGGUAUAAAGUAGGACGGAUGGAACAGUUGGAAACAUCUGAGCAAGCAAAAUCUAGAGGCUCUACUUCUGUUAUUCGCAGAAAACUAGUUCAUGUACUCACUCCUUCUACCGGAAGUGAGGGUAAUAUUGGGCCUGAUGCAGUUCAUCUUCUUGCAGUUAAGGAGACUUGCAAUGAGCUAGAGAAUGGUUCAACCACUUUUGGCUUUGCUUUUGUCGAUUGUGCUGCUCUUAAAGUUUGGGUUGGUUCCAUAAGUGAUGAUGCAUCUUGUGCAGCUUUGGGGGCUUUGCUGAUGCAAGUGUCACCGAAGGAAGUUAUAUACGAUGCUAGGGGUUUGUCAAAGGAUUCUCAAAAAGCUCUGAAAAAAUACUCAUUAACAGGUCCUGCAGCGCCACUCCUGUCCCCAGUCCAGCCAGGUGCUGAUUUUGUUGAUCCUGCAGAAGUGAAAAAUUUCCUUGACUUGAAAGGUUACUUUAAAAGAUAUUGUAAUAAGUGGGAUCACACCUUUGAUGGAGUAAUGAGCCAUGAUGUUGCUUUAUGUGCUCUUGGGAGUCUUGUCAAUCAUUUAGAGCGAUUGAUGUUAGAUGAGGUGUUACGUAAUGGCGAUAUUCUAUCAUUUGAAGUCUAUAGGGGUUGCCUCAAAAUGGAUGGACAAACACUUGUCAAUCUUGAGAUCUUCAACAAUAAUGCUGAUGGGAGUCCAUCAGGUACUUUAUACAAGUAUCUUGAUAAUUGUGUUACUUCACCUGGGAAGCGACUUUUGAGAAACUGGGUUUGUCAUCCCCUCAAAGAUGUGGAGAAAAUCAACCAUAGGCUUGAUGUGAUUGACAGGCUUGUUGAAAAUUCAGAGGCUACAUUAUCCGCUGCUCAAUAUCUUCGCAAGCUUCCAGAUUUGGAUAGGUUGCUUGGACGGGUUAAGGCUAGCAUUCAAUCUUCUGAAGCACUCCUACUGCCCUUGAUUGGUGCCAAAAUGUUGAAGCAGCGAGUUAAAGUGUUUGGGUUGCUUGUUAAAGGGCUACGGAUUGGGCUAGAUUUGUUAAGGUUGUUGCAGAAGGAACGUCUGACCUCUUCCCUGGCUAAAGUGGUAUCCUUGCCUGUUCUAGAUGGUGACGAUGGGCUUGAUAAAUUCCUCAGCCAAUUUGAAGUGGCAAUCAAGAGUGACUUCCCCAAUUUUCAGGAUCAUAAUUCUACUGAUUUUGAUGCUGAAACACUAUCCAUUUUGAUGGAGUUAUUUGUUGAGAAGGCUACUGAGUGGUCUCAAGUCAUUUAUGCCAUAAGUUGUGUUGAUGUGUUAAGAUCAUUUUCCAUUACUGCAAAAUUUUCCUCUGGAGUUAUGUGUAGACCAGUGAUCUUGCCUCUUUCAAAGCCAACAAAUUUCUGUAGAGAGACUGGUGGGCCAAUACUAAACAUCAAGGGGCUUUGGCAUCCAUAUGCUCUUGCUGAAAGUGGGGGACUGCCUGUUCCUAAUGAUCUCCAUCUUGGAGGGAAUACGAAUAUCUGCCAUCCUCGUACUUUACUGUUGACUGGACCAAAUAUGGGAGGAAAGUCAACUCUUUUACGUGCCACUUGUCUGGCCGUCAUAAUGGCUCAGUUGGGUUGCUAUGUGCCUGGAGAAACAUGUGUGCUUUCACUUGUGGACAUCAUCUUUACACGUCUUGGAGCAACUGAUCGAAUCAUGACUGGUGAAAGUACCUUCUUUAUUGAGUGCGCAGAAACCGCGUCAGUUCUUCAAAAUGCUACAUGCAAUUCCCUUGUUCUUCUGGAUGAAUUGGGCAGAGGAACAAGCACUUUUGAUGGAUAUGCUAUUGCAUAUGCUGUAUUCCGACACCUUAUAGAGACGGUGAACUGCCGCUUACUGUUUGCCACGCAUUAUCAUCCACUCACUAAAGAGUUUGCUUCUCAUCCUAAUGUGACAUUACAACACAUGGCCUGCUCUUUCAAGUUGAAAUCUCAAAGUUCAUCUCCAACAGAGCAAGAGCUGGUGUUCCUUUACCGUCUAGCCUCUGGAGCAUGCCCAGAGAGCUAUGGAAUGCAAGUAGCACUCAUGGCUGGAAUCCCGAAAAUUGUUGUUGAAUCCGCAUCCAAUGCAGGGCAAGUCAUGAAGAAAAUGAUCGGAGAAAGUUUUAGGUCAUGUGAACAAAGAGCUUGCUUUUCAACACUGCAUGAAGAAUGGUUCAAGACACUUCUUGGAAUCUCAAAGACAGAUGGUGAAGUUAACGAUGACCUAUUUGAUACAUUGUAUUGCUUGUGGCAUGAACUAAAGCUGAUAGAUCCACUAGCUGAAGAUGUUAGUCUCUGAGUUAUCUUGUAUAUUCGUGAAACUCUUCAGUGGGAAAUGCCGAUGAAAUUAUGAUACUAACUGGAAGAUAGGAAAGUUAUUGUUGAAGUUUGUAUUUCUUUUUUUUGGUCAAGAGAAGUUUGUAGUAUAUUGUCUGUUCUGUAAGAGUAGCAAGGUUAGUAAAUUUUUUGUUUUAUGGAAAGAGGCAAGAGAAACUGCAAUGUUGUAAAAUUGUCCUUUACUCCAAGAGAAUCUUUGCCGUUAUAGUUGCU